AUGAGCAGCUCCGACGACGACAUGCCUCUUGCGAGGUCCAACGGACACGUCUCAUCUUCGAGAGUUUCCAAAGCCGACGACCACGAAAUGGAUCGCACGGCUUCCAAGGCUAGGGCGGCCCCACCUGGCAUCUCUGUUCGCCACGGGCCUGUCGACGACGAGAUGGACAUUGACGGCCCUUCCACGAACGGCGCGAAGCGCAAGUCACGCUCAUCAUUGCCCAAGGUCAAUUACAAGGUGGAAACGGAUAGCGAUGACGAUGUCCCUAUGGCCAAGCGACAAAAGACGAAGCAAAAGCUUGAAGACUCGGACUCGGACGAUGAGCCCCUCACAGCAAGAAGAGGCAAAAAACUACCUCCUUCCUACAAGGAAACAGCGCUGCCGGAUGAUUCGUCCGAUGACGACCAGCCGUUGGGAGCCAAGCUGGCGAAGAAGAAGGCCGAGAUCGAGAAGGCAGCCGCCAAGGAGGCCCGCAGCAUCCGUGCCAGCGAAGCCAAGUCAAAGAAGGCGACACCGAAAAAGGCGAUGAAAGAUGAGUCCGACGAUGAUGAGCCACUGGCGAAGUCAGCUAUUAAGAAGCGACAAUCGAACGGUGCAGGCUCUGCCAAAAAGAAGUCAAAUGGCGUCAAGGCUGAAUCCGAUUCUGACGAGCCCAUCGCGGUGAAGGCUAGGAAGGCUGCAGCGGUCAAACCAGUUGUCAAGGGCAAGGCUGCCACCCCUGCGAAGGGACCGGUCAAGAAGGCUGCUGCGAAAGCCAAGCAGGAGAGCGAGGCCCCCGAGGACGAAGAAGAGGAGGAGUAUGAGUGGUGGAAUGCGCCGAAGAAGGAGGAUGACAGCCAAAAAUGGACUACCCUUGAGCACAACGGCGUUCUUUUCCCCCCUGAGUACACACCACUCCCCAAGAAUGUCAAGCUGCUCUACGACGGCAAACCAGUAAACCUUCCUAUCGAGGCCGAGGAGGUUGCUUGGUACUUCGGAUCCAUGCUGUCAUCAAAGCACAAUGUGGACAACCCUGUCUUCCAGAAGAACUUCUUCGAGGAUUUCAAACAGGUUCUCAAGGAGUCCGGCAAGCACGCAACCGACAGCAAGGGCAACAAGGUGGAUAUCAAGGAUUUCUCCAAAAUGGACUUCAACGCCAUGUGGCAGUACGCGGAACAACAGAGUCUGGCCCGGAAGAACCGAACUGCUGCGGAGAAGAAGGCAGCCAAGGCCGAGAAGGACGAAAUGGAGGCGCCAUAUAUGUACUGCAAGUGGGACGGACGUAAAGAGAAGGUUGGCAACUUCCGGGUUGAACCUCCGAGUCUUUUCCGCGGCCGUGGCGAGCAUCCCAAAACUGGCAAAUUCAAGAGGCGAGUGUAUCCCGAACAAAUUACCAUUAACAUUGGCAAGGAUGCCAAGGUUCCGGAACCUCCCAAGGGCCAUAAGUGGAAGGCUGUCGUCCAUGACAAUAAGGCUACGUGGUUGGCUAUGUGGCAGGAGAACAUCAACGGCGCGUACAAGUACGUCAUGCUUGGUGCUGCCAGUGCGAUCAAGGGCCAAAGUGAUAUGAAGAAGUUCGAGAAGGCUCGCGAGCUCAAAAAGCACAUCGACAAGAUCCGGAGAGAUUACACUAGAGACCUCAAGAGCGAGGUUAUGGCUGACCGACAAAGAGCCACAGCUGUAUACCUGAUCGACAAGUUUGCUCUCAGAGCAGGCAACGAGAAAGACGCCGAGAACGAAGCUGAAACAGUCGGCUGCUGUUCUCUCAAGUACGAGCACAUUACCCUACGGGAGCCCAAUACCGUCAUCUUCGAUUUCCUCGGAAAGGACAGUAUUCGGUUCUACGAUGAAGUCACUGUUGAGAAACAGGUCUUCAAGAACCUCAAGCUCUUCAAGAAGCCGCCCAAGACUGAUGGCGAUGACAUCUUUGACCGUCUCACCACAACGCAGCUGAACAACCACCUGAAAAACUACAUGCCGGGUCUGACGGCGAAGGUCUUCCGUACUUACAACGCCUCCUUCACCAUGUCCAACCUCCUGCAAAAGUUGAAGGUCGAAGACCUGACGAUCCAGGAGAAGGUGAAGCUGUAUAACGACUGUAACCGUGAGGUUGCUAUUCUUUGCAACCAUAAGCGUACUGUCGGUGCCGCUCACGAGGCUCAGAUGGAGAAGCUUGGCGACCGCAUCAAGGGUCUUCGUUAUCAGCAAUGGCGCACGAAGAUGAUGAUGUUGGAUGUCGACCCCAAGAUGAAGAAGAAGAAGGGAGCCGACUUCUUCGCUCGUCCGGAGGAACUGGAUGAUGCCUGGAUUCUCGAACACCAGGCUUUUCUGGUGGAGGAGCAGCGCACGAAGAUCACCAAGAAGUUCCAGAAGGACAAUGAAAAGCGUGCUGCCGAUGGCGAGAAGCCGCUGCCUGAGAAGGAACUCAAGGAGCGACUGAAGGCUGCUGAUGAGCUUGCUGCCAAGUUCAAGAAGGAGAACAAGUCGAAGAAGGUCGAGGCCGAGGGCCGUAGCCCGACUGUCGAGAAGCUCGAUGAGCAAGCCAAGAAGAUUGAUGACAGGAUCAAGAACCUGGAACUCCAAGCCGCCGACCGCGAUGGCAAUAAGGAGGUCGCCCUGAGCACCAGUAAGAUCAACUACAUUGAUCCUCGCCUGACUGUCGUUUUUUCCAAGAAGUUUGAUGUGCCCAUUGAGAAGUUCUUCUCCAAGACCCUUCGUGAGAAGUUCAGCUGGGCUAUCAAGUCUGUCGAGGACGAGGACUGGGAGUUCUGA